GCGUUACAGCAGAACAGGGUCCAGUAGAAACCAGCCAUGCAUCAUAGUGCAGUGUUUAGUCUGUGUGGUAAAUGCCCCAGUCAGUGCAUGUCCCUCUGGGGAAUUCGGUGUUGCUUCCACGUCAGGAGAACAGCUCAUCAGUCGAUAGUACCGGUAGUGGCAGCAAACAUGCUACCUACCCAGCUGCAGCAUCCCUACCCAAACCAAUGGACUCUCUGUCUCUUACUACUCGUCGGGUUGACGUUCCCGGUGGUAUGUGGUUUAUCAGCCGAAGCACGGUUAUACGAUCACCUCUUCACUGGCUACAACCGCGCCGUCCGACCAGUGUCCAACGCCAGCGAAACUAUCGAGGUCAAGGUCGGUCUCAGUAUUAUCAACGUCCUUGACCUGGAUGUUGAAGCGGGAAUUUUGGAGAUGAUAUCCUGGGUAGACUUUGACUGGGUAGAUCCUUCACUCCGAUGGGACCCUGCCAACUAUGACGAUGUCUCCGUCCUAAACCUGCCUGCAGAUACCACCUGGGUGCCAGAUAUCGUCAUUGUCAAUCUAGUAAGCCCUCCAGUGGAACUUGCGCCCACUAGGUUAGUGCUCGGCAGCGAUGGAAACAUUUUCCAAGUUAGGUCUUACCGUACUAAGACCCUUUGCAUGGGCGAUUCGGAUAGCACUCAGCACACGUGCACCUUAAAGUUUAUGUCGUGGUCGUACGACGGGUUCAAGGUCAACAUCGACAUUCGUGGCGACGGCUUGUCGUUUGCGGACUAUAUUGAAAACAGAAAAUGGCAGAUAACUGGUGGGAACAUGACGCGGGAUGUAGUUUAUUACUCUUGUUGCGUGGAGGUGUUCCCAGACGUUACGGCCGUGAUCGAACUCGCUCCUCGCGAGAAAACGCGGGAUGCUGCAAUUUCAAACUUCUCUCCACAUUUUUUAAGCUCACAAAAUUUAGUUCAUUUUUUAUUUUCGUUAAUUUUCUUUUAUCUUUGUCUUUGUUUGACUAGUCUGAAAUAAACGUUCUUUCAAUACAAAGGUGUAUAAAACCAAUUGUGGAAAGUUUCAUGUGUGAAUUGUUGUUGUUGUUGUCAUGGGCUGACUUGUUUCCGGAGAAACCAAUUAUUAC